GAGCGGCGAACUUCGACACAGACAAAACAGCCACCAACCCAGCAACGCCGCGCGAAAAAUUCCCACUCAAGUGGUGCGCCCCAGCACGUGCGGGCCACUGCCACAGCACCGAUCGACAAGCGGAGGGAGACACCCCAUGCCUCCUCACAUGGCGGCGAUCUCGCACCGGAUCGCGGGCCCGGGCCCCGCGGCGGCCUCGCCGCGUCAGGGGAGGCGCGCCGCCGUGAUCGCGGCCGCCGCGGCGAAGGACGCGCGGCGGGGGCGGAUGCUGGAGGGCGCGAGCGAGGAGCUGAGGGCCGCCGCGGCGCAGUGCCUGGACUGGGCCCCCGCGCGGCGGCGGGUGCGGGCCGCGUUCGCGCCCGUGCUCCCCACCCUCGACCACUUCCUCUUCAAGAUGGCUCCCAAGGGAAUCCAGAUGGAAGAGAACUAUGAGACCAAUUCGAAGGGAGUUGAAAUAUUCUGGAAGAGCUGGCUUCCUAGGGAGGGCACAGCCACGAAAGCCGCACUUUUCUUCUGCCAUGGAUAUGGGGAUACCUGCACUUUCUUUUUUGAAGGGAUUGCUAAGAGAAUAGCCGCAGCUGGAUAUGCGGUUUAUGCUAUGGAUUAUCCUGGUUUUGGCUUAUCAUAUGGUCUGCAUGGCUACAUUGCAAGCUUUGAUGGAAUGGUGGACCAUGUCAUUGAACAGUAUGCACGAAUAAGAGGCAUGAAGGAAGUGCGUAAGCUGCCACACUUUCUCUUGGGACAGUCAAUGGGAGGUGCGGUUGCUCUGAAAGUACACUUGAAGCAACAAAAAGAAUGGGAGGGAGUGCUUCUUGUCGCGCCUAUGUGCAAGAUUUCAGAAGAUGUCACACCACCGGCACCAGUAUUGAAGGCACUGAGCAUAUUGUCAUGUCUUCUUCCUGAAGCGAAGUUAUUUCCGCAGAAAGAUAUAGGAGAUUUGGCAUUUAGAGAUCCAAGGAAAAGAAAAGUAGCUGAGUACAAUGUCAUCUCAUAUACUGACCAAAUGAGAUUAAGAACAGCAGUUGAGCUUUUGAAGGCCACAAAGGACAUUGAAUCACAGUUGGAGAAGGUCUCCUCCCCAUUGCUGAUUCUUCACGGAGCAGCCGACAUGGUAACCGAUCCUCAAGUAAGCAAAUUCCUUUAUGAGAAAGCCAGCACGAAAGACAAGACCCUCAAGCUCUAUGAAGGUAGCUACCACUCAAUCCUAGAAGGAGAGCCAGAUGACCGGAUUUCAACCGCCAUUGUCGACAUCAUUUCCUGGCUGGAUUCACACUGUUGAAUACCCUUCAUGUAUGGCCUCAUCCAUUGUUGUGGAUCUUUCGUAUAGUAUGCGACUCUACUUAUUUAGUUUUGGCAUGGUGUGCAGAGAUUAAUUUCUGUUCACUCUGUUGAGUACCCUUCAUAUAUGGCCUCAUCCAUUGUUGUGUAUCUUUCGGAUAUUAUGGGACUCUCUAGUGAUUUAAGUUUUGGCAUCGUGUCCAGAGAUUAAUUUUUCUCUAGUUUA